AGGAGAGAGGAGAGAGAGUGAGUGAAAGAGAGAGUGUAGCAGGAGAGGAGCGGUAGCGGGAGUAUUGGAGUACAACACUACAUGGAUCGCAGAAAUGGCGGCGAUCCCUUGGCGCCACCCCGGCCCCCGAAGCUAUUACCGCGCGUGCAUCGACCAAGGGCGCCGGAGCCGACAGCACUAAGUGGUGUCCAGGGAGGAGCAUCCGUGGCAUCGACAGCAGCAACCACAGCAGCAAUCCACAAUAAUAAUUCACAGCAGCAACAACUUAGUAUUAACGCAACGACGACAGCGACAGCGACAGCGACAGCGAUAGCGACGACGAUAAAUAAUAACACGAUAUCGAUAAUACCCGCAUCACCGAUUUCGGCCGAUUACGAUUCCGAUUAUCAGAUCCAUCAUCUGACAUUUCUGCCACAGCGACCGAGCAGCUUGAGUCGCAACAGCAGCAACGCCUCCUCAUCGACAGCGACUGCGACUAGCAGUAGCACGGGAACGGGAACGGGCACCGGCACGGGCUCGGGCUCCAUUUCCGUAUCCGGUUCGAGCUUCCGCAGACGGCCGCCAGCACCGGCGCCACUGUUGAGCCUAGCAUCCGCGGCGGAGAACAACAACUUCCUUAGUCAUUUCCAAACCAGCGCUGAUCAACCAGUGCCCCAGUCUCCAGUCACACUGGCGCAACCGCGACCCGAGUCCGAGAGGCUAACGAACGAGUAUGUGGACACGCCGCUGCAGCAUGCCACGCGCAUGCAGCAUCCGGCUGGGCAGCAGGACAAUGGCCAGACGACAACGCAUCAUUUGCUGUUGCUGCCACAGCGGCAGCAGCACCAUCAGCACCUGCAGCACCUGCAACACCCACACCCGCACCAGCACUCGCAUCACCAUCAGCAAUCCUCCUUUGGCCAGCAGCCACCUCAUGUCCGGCUGGGAGCGACGACGGCGGCAACGACGGCGACGCAGGGAGGAGCCGGAGCCGGAGCAGGAGCAGGAGCAGGAGGAAUCGAUCAUACCGAUGGCUUAUUACAUUCACAUUUGCACUCCACAACGCCAGCGCAACAGCAGCAGCAUCACCUAAGCAAAGGACAACCCGCCACAAAGCCUCGACUGGGACUGGGACUGGGCUUGGGCUUGGGCCUGGGUCUGGGACUGUCGCAGCAGCCCAUCACGCAACCCAUCAUCACCAAGCAGCCGACAGCCACAACACCCGCCACGCAGACGCUCCAGUCGCAGACGCAGACGAGCAAGGAGCACAUGCACGCACUGGAGGAGCUGCUGCAGGCCCAGCCCGGCAACGGAGGCGGCGGACCCGGACCCAUUGUGAUGGGGGGCGAUCCGACGCUAAUGAUACCCAUUGUGUGUCCGCGGUGCGGCCGCUGCCGCUGCGAGCAGUGCCAGAGUCCGCGCCCGCUGCCCCAGACAUGGGUCUGCAACAAGACCUGUCUGUGCAGCGCCGAGUCCAUCAUCGACUAUGCCUCCUGCUUGUGCUGCGCCAAGGCGUUGUUCUACCACUGUGCGCGGGACAACGACAUGGACUGCGAUGACGGCAACGGCACCCCGUGUGUGGACAAUCCCUGCUCCUGCGGCCCCUACAAGCGCACCCAGAGAUGGGGCUGGCUGGGGGCACUGUCGAUUGUGCUGCCAUGCCUGUGGUGCUACUGGCCGAUGCGGGGUUGCAUGAAGCUCUGCGAGAAGUGUUACGGGCGGUUUGCGGGCCGCGGGUGUCGCUGCCAGGGCGUGGGCGGGGCAGGCGGCAUUGGCUCCACCAGCAGCAUGCUGCCGAUUGUGCCACUGGGCGUCAACGGAGCCAACGGCGGACUCGGCGGCGGCCUCAAUGGGACGACCAACGGAGGGCAGAUCGGCGGAGCAGGCAUGGGACCCUUGAGCCAGGCCAAUGGCAAGGCCAUUGAUCAUGGCUGCAGUGCGGCCGCCAGUCGCAUCCUUCGCAAGGGCGACCUCACCCCCGAGAAGCGGCUCCUCGACUCCAGUCCGGACUACUAGAGGGGGGAGUCUGUGGU